AAAUAUCCGAAAAACAAUUAACACGAAUUGAAUUAUCUACUUUCACUUUCUACUAUAGAGUGCUGAUUUUACUGUUGACAUAUUUUGUAAACAACACUAUACAGAAUAAUGAUGCAUGCAAGAUUUACAUCCUGUUUUUGAAAGCCGGCUAUUAUUGGUAUUAUUGAGCUUCACUUGGCAAAAAUAUCCAGUUGUAAAAUGUUACCAGUAUACACGGUAUACAUGUUAUAGUAUAGCUCUCACAGGCUCAGGAAUAGGCAGCAUAUUUUUUAACUAAUCCAACAACUGUUUUGACAAACAUUUUCAGAAAUGGCAUUAACAGUUGCAGGUGUCCAGAAAUUCCUAGACGUCACAGUCUCACUACCGUCUUUCCCACUAUUCUGUAUAUACCUCGUAAUGAUUAUGUUAUCUCCAGUAUGGCAAAGAGUUACCUCCCCUAUGCAAAUCCGACCUUUGAUGAUAAUCCAUAACUUUGCCUGCUGUUUUAUAUCCAUAUACUGUUUACUGGGAUUCUUGUACAGUAUAAUGUUGAGUGAAUCAACGUUCCAACUUGGGCCACAACCAUAUUUACUGCCAUAUUACAAGAUGUACUGGAUUACGAAAGUCAUUGAAUUACUCGACACAGUUUUCAUGAUACUACGUCACAGAAGACGUCAGAUUAGCUUCCUACAUGUUUACCACCAUAGUUCCAUGUUACUGCUUGCAGAUUCUUGCUACCGACUAUAUCCAUGGCCAGCUAUGUCCGUAUACUUUGCAGUCAAUUCAUUUAUACAUGUUAUAUUGUAUCUGUAUUAUGGUCUAACUGCUUUAUUCCCAGACAAAUCUAUUCCGUGGAAAAGGAAUAUUACGCAGUUACAAAUUUUGCAAUUUUUAACUUUGUUUGUACAUGCAACUUUUGGAUAUGUGUACCAUAAUUAUUGUGUUUAUGGUUUGUUGUAUGGAAUAACUAUGACAACAUUAUUUUCAAAUUUUUACUAUGCUGCCUAUGUAAAAUCAAAACCAGAAAAAUUACGUAAAUGUGAAUAAGUUCAUAUGUUUAUCAUUUAGUAUUGUUAAAAUCAAAUAAGUCUAUAGGAUGCGAUCGCUUGUAUGUUAAUUUUGAAAAUAAUAGCAAGAAAUAUUUUAUUUGAAUUAUAGAAAAAAGUUGUCACAUUUCACAAACCAUAUAAAGAAAUCCAGUAAAAGGAUUACACUUAUUGUGUUAAUUUUUUUUAUCUUUGUGGUUUACAUUGUUCAUGUUGAUAAUGUGAAGGGAUCCUUUAUAUAUAUGUAUAUCUGUUUAUAUAGAUUUUUAUUCUUUUAUGUUAUAACUCAGGUUGAAAUGAAAUUGAUCCAUCUUUAUACACAUAUACUGGAAUGUUUGUAGUCCGAAUUUGAGAUAAAAAAAUGUGAUUUCAUAAGGUAAAAGACUUGGAUACAUUAUAUCUUUCAAAUAGAUAUUAGUUGUUCUUAAUUUCUUUCUUGCCUAUUUGUGUUGUCUUUGGAAUCAUUUUCAAGGUUCGUCCAAUGAUGAAAAACAGUAUAUACUCAUGUAGCUUAUAACUCAUGAUAACCCAUAUUUUUAUUGAAUUGAUGGGAUUAUAAAUAUGAUAUUUUAUUUACAAUUUAGAUAAAAUGUGAAAUAACUAUAGCUU